GCUUAAUUGUUCCUAUUCGGGAUUUUUUAUACAGACACGCACAUACCCGCACACAAAAGGGCGAGCUCUCCGAUCGUGAAUGGGAAAAUCCUCGUCGGAUAUUUAUAGUUGCGGCUAAGUGCUAACUGCUAGCUUGAUGCUGGUCUCGCUUCGCUCAACGGCCGGUUCGGCUGCCUCGCUGCUAGCCCCGCCGCAGUGCAGCGGCCGACCGGCGGCCGGGGCGUGUGCGGCGCGCAGCUGGGCCGGCCGGACGUCGCAGCCGCAGUUUGGCGGACGACUGUAACCCAGCGUCGACCUUGAAACUUAAAAGGAGGAUGGCAUGAUAUUUAUAGCGAGUGGACAGCUCAGGUGCGUGUACGUGAGCACCAACCAACGUCGGAUUACACCUUUCAAUAAGUACCUAAAUGAUCACUAUUACGAGCUGUCGUCUCCCGUGCAACGCCGAAGAACAAGCUCCAACAGAAACGCUCCUCUCGAACGACAAUCGUUAAGCGGAAGCAUCCUCCGUUGAAAACAAUGGAAAGCGUUAGCAUUGAGCUAGGUGCAGCGGCCUCGGUGGGGCGCUCUCUUUUCCUUUGGCAUUCACAAUUAAAUCUCAGCAAACAAACGCAGUUGUAGUGUUUGACAGCACAUGGGUCCCGAGCUGACUUGAAACCCAGAUCUGUCAAAACCGGGCAGCACAUCUGCAACAAGGUACGAAUCUCGCGCGGAUGUUCUCCCGGUGCUUCUUUUUUCCGGCUCCCGCACGCAUUAGCAAGGCAUUUCUGUUAGUUUCAUGCAAGCAGGAAGGGCGAACAUGUUGAGAAUCAAACCCAGAACCUCUGAACUGCGUGGCAAACGCGUCAGUGAAAUUCCACCGCGUCUGUUCUUAUGAGAACUUGUGGUUGGAAUCGGUCCUUCGCUGGAUGUUUACAGAAUCUUAGGAUUUCACUUCAUUUUCAUUUCAAGUAGUGCGCAGUUUUGCCUCACGAGUCACGUGAAGUUGUGCUACUAAUGCACCUUCGUCGCUUUACUGGUCCACAUCACAAAUGUGUGAAAGGCAGUAGUUGGACAAAAACAAACUAGGUCACUAAGAAUAUUCGACUUGGGCACGCUAGUGCACACAAAUAUCAAACACGAGUAUACGUGAACUUACACUAGUGUGCCACCGCCAUUCUCUACUGUGCAGAUGUUACACAGUCCUGCACUAGCGGAGCAAGGGGGGGGGCACUGCUUCACUGAUUGUUGGGUCUUUUCCAAUUUCAAAUAGUUUUUUUCAGCAUUUCCACACCAUUAGUUUUUUUAAUCACUGUUUUCUGAAGAAUUUCUUUUGGGGGGGGUUAAAAAAAACACCCCUAUUUGUUUUACUCGUGUUUUGUGGAAGACAGUAGUGGAUCCCGAUUAAAAAAGACGGCCGUUACCGGUUGGUGAGGCCUCUGGCGGACAAGUUCCGGUCAUGCUGUCCUUGUGAGGUGGGGCGGGGCUACCUGGCCCGGAGGUGCGAGGAGGAAUCUGCUUCUAUUAGCCACUCCUGUUAAAGUCUCCUGACACAAAGGUGGGCUUGAGCCACGCACCCCGCUUCCUCCUUUGCUUGUCCUCGUCCAGCACCGCUACCAUGACGCGGUCGCCUUGUGGGUGGAGAACGUGAGGAAGUCUGGAAGGCGACCCUGCUCGGCCAGGGGACUCGGACUUGUCCCUGCUGGACCCGAAAAGCCUCGCGGAGUGCUGGCCCCCUGAUGGCUUGAUGCCUGAGAGCAGCUACUGGCAGCUCUGCCCUCCCUCCAAGUCCAGUCUGCAGGGGGGGUUGCUGAGCUCUAGUUUCCCUCCCGGCCCGGUCCCCCUGGCGCCACCCGAUGGCCACCUUCGAGAGGGGGGCGAGCCCCCGGACAGCGCCCCCCUUCAGCCCCAGCAGCACCGACCUCUGGCGCCCAGCGCCUCUGCAUCGGAGCUUUCCCUUCCAGGGGCGGCGGCCCCUCCCGGCCCGGCUCCGCCUCCCCCUCCUCCCCCGCCACCCAAACGCCACUGCCGCUCCCUGUCAGUCCCGGAGGACCUGUCGCGCUGCCGCUACACGUGGCGGCCCAGCGCCUCUCGGGUCUGGACUCCCGUCAGUCGCCAGCAGUGCCACGGAGGAGUGGGCGGCGCUGGGGCCACGGGUGUGGUGGCGGGAGGCGGCGGUGGUGCGUGUCCGCUGCGCCCCCCGAGCUCCUCUCUUAACUCAUCUCUGCACUCGUCGUCCAGCCCCACCUUCUUCAGCCUGGCGCUUUCGCCGGACUCGCCGUUGCCCUGGAAUUUCCCCUGGGACCCCAGCGAAGCAGCGGCGGGGGGUGGUGCGUGUUGCUGUUUCUUCCCCUCGCCGUCCUCGUGCUCCUCGUCGCCCUCGCCGCUCCACCCGCCGCCGCCGCCUCCCCAGCGGCGUUUCUCCCUCUCGCCCGUCCUCAUCCGGGACUCGGCAGCGGCAGCCUUCCUUCCUCCAGCUCCUGUUCAAGCAGCCCCGCCGCUUGUCUGCUGUGCGGCCGGCGGGGCAGCAGCGGCAGCCCCGGUGCCCGCCUCUCCUUCCUCGGCGUGCAGCACGCCGUCGUCCCUGCGCCGCAGCUUGCCUCCGCAGCUUCCGCGGUGCCACUCGCAGCCUUGCGACCUCCUGCUGCUCAAGCCCGGCCUAAAGAGACGCCGCGACCCUGACCGUCCCUGCGCCCGCCCCGUUCUCGACUUCACCAAGAUGACUCAGACCCGCAGCGUCGACCCGCAGUAUUUGGAGCGCGGCGGCAGGCCGGCCUGCGGUGGCAGCGACCUUUUUGUUGGCGCGGAGUCGUUUGUAGGCGAUUUCCGGGGCUCCUGUUCGCCGGCCGAGUGUCUGGGCAGGUCCAGCAUCGGCCCGUUGAGCGAGAGCGACGAGGAGUGCCGCGAGGACGACGACGACGGGGAGGAAGACGAGGAUGCAGACGAACGUGAUGCGGCGGCACAGCCGCAGCAGCAACAGCAGCAGGCCGUCUUUGAGAGGGAUUGUACAGAACUGGACUUGAAUUUAAUCGAAGAAAACUGACGCCUUUGUAAACGGAAGGCCGACCUUGUUUAUUUUGGGGGUCCUUGAGGUGUUUUUUUUUAAUUCAUGUUUUCUUUUAAUUGGAUUGCUUUUAUUAUAGAAUCAGAACAGUCCCGACACUCAGUACCCGCCCUACCGUGCCAGAAGUCAGCAAGGCUCACUGGACAGACAGCCGAGGUCAAUCAAAGCUGAUUGAGGACAAUGGUGAUGACGUGACUGCUUGCUGGAGAGGCUCUGCCCGGGCUGUUGGAAAACCUUCGAAGGGAGGACCGCACAAAGAGGGGGCCAGAUUUUGGCCAGAUUUUGAUGCGCUGCGGCGUCCAUCUGAAACAUUGCCGGGGCACUGUCGUGCAGGAAGGGAAGCCGUCCCAUAGGCUCAGGUUAGACAAAUCACAACAAACUUGCUUUAAUGCCGCAUUCAAAAAAGCCAGAAAGAAGCAAGCACUUGAGGUCAUCUCAUAUUUAUAUCGCUAGUCAGGAAAUUCAAAACAAAAAAUUGGCAGCCAUGACACAUUCUGUCACACGGAAGAUGUUCCGGACCAAAAUCUGUGAUUUAGGAAAGCCAUUUUAAAAACAAGCAAGAGACAUUGAAAAAACAAGAGCACGUAGAUGACAAAAAUAUUCACGGCAGGCAUACAUUUAUUCUUUAACCUGCGUGAAAAACUGCUAUUACUGCACUUUGAAACUUUUGAAAUAAUUCAUUGAUUGAAGGUUGUUUACCCUUAUCAGUGUGGGUGGGUUCAGAUGUUGACCCACUUUGAUGCGGCGAUGUGUUCAGGUGCACCCCGUUGCUGUGUUAGCGUCAUCCUGUUCCUCCCAAGUAGUUACUGAUGCUGUCGUCUACCUGGCUCUUCAUACUUUGCUGUCACCUUCAGUGCGUGUGUGUGUGCGUGCCUGUAUGUGUGUUACGAAUGACCAACAGACCAGAAGAAAAGGCUCAUCUGGUGAACCAUGACAGACAACUUUAAAGACAAUCCUAAAAAUUACAUGUUGGGAUUAUGAAUUACUUAGGUGCCAUUUGAGUCAAGAUUUUCACAUCUGGGAAAAUGUAGAACUCACAGGCGCGCAUGCGCACACACACAGAAACACACAGACUAACGUCACCACUUUAAUGAAACACAAUGACACUUUCAUUCAAUCCCCCAUUGCCCAAAAUGAGCCUUAACAAAACAUUGUGGAAAUCAAAAUGCGAUAAUGGAGGAAUAAAACGUUUUUCUGUAGCUGUUCAUUUCAGAUGUUUUUUCUUCUUCAUGUUUCUGAUCAGACAUAGGAGCUUGAGCACGAUGGACAAUGAGCUACUAUGAAUAAGUUAGAAAAGAGACUCGCCUUUUAAUAUAAUUAUUAUUGUAUGUCUUAAAACAAUGACAUGGCAAUUUGAAAAGCAGUUUGUGAUUAAAUUAUUGAGAAUUAUUUUACAAUGAA